UUUUGUAAAUUUUGUAAUUAAGUUAUUUUUUUAAUAUAUUCUAGUAUAAAAUAUGAGACAAGUACCUCAUUUUUCUAAACCAUGGCAAAUUUUUGUAUCAGUUUGUCUAAAACGCAUGAAUGUUAUUAGCAGGCCAUUAAAUGAAAUAGAGCAACAGUAUGCCAAAUUGCAACAUCAGUUAGAAAUUGAGAAAUCAGUACUUAACGACUAUGAAUAUCGUAAAGCAUCUUUGGAAAAGGUAUUGCUAUCAAAAAAACAGUCUAAAGGAAAUGAGGAUGAUAAAGUCUUGGAAGCCAAAAAUCAGUUGUUAGCAAUGCAGGAAGAAGAAGAGAAUUGGGCUAAAGAUGCACAGAAUAUACGUUUAGCUCAAUUGGACCAGUUUGAUAAUGAUUAUUCUUCUUUAAAACGAAAGUUAAGCGAAAUUCUUCAUUAUGUUGUUGAGGAUGAUCAGGUUUUAAAAGAAAAGGUUUUAUUGUAUCCAUAUACAACUAUUCAAUCCAAUGAAUGCUUGAGAUCAGCAUCGGAGCGUCUUUUAGCAAGUCAUGGUUUACCUUCAUGUAGGUUCUUUAAUAAUUCUCCCGUUGGUCAUGUAAAGAUUCGAUACGAUAAAAACGAAUCUCGAGGUGAAAUGUAUCAAGGAGCAAAGAUGUUUUUCAUGACGGCAUAUCUUAAAGACACGCAUGCAAAACCAUCAACUUUGCACAAAUGGUUAAUUCCUUCUGAAUUGCCUCUUAAUCUAAACAAAGAUUAUUACAAAAAAGUAAAGCCAUUUUUGAUAUAAAAAAUUUCAUGGAACCGCGAGUUGAAUGGACUCGUUGGUAAAGAUAUUGAACUGUUUAUAAUAACCAUCCUUUUGAUAAUAAGCAAGUUGGCGUGAUACCACGUGAAACCAAACGGAUGACUAAUCAAUGCGAAAAACAUGGAAAGAAUUAUAUUUGAAGCUGUGUAAACUGCAAUUUUAAAUAUUUGCUGUUAUUUUGACAAAAACUUUUUUAAAUAAAAUUUUUAAUUCUA